CAUUGAGGGAAAAACAUUACAACCAGGAAGUUGGAACCCUGAUCGACACAACACGUCCGAAUGGAGGAAGGUCACAAGACGAUUCUUCGGCGCUACAGGAUCAAUAUUGUCACUAGUUUGGAGCCAUCAAGCCUCUACGACCGCCUGCUUCAGAAAGGAGUUUUCACUCAAGACAUGAUCGAUAAAAUAAAGUGUUCGGGAUCAAGACGGGACCAAGCCAGGCAACUAGCGCGGGACCUGGAGACCCGCGGGAGUCUGGCCUUCCGGCUCUUCUUGGAAUGUCUUCGGGAUUCAGAGCAGGACACUUUGGCGCAGCUCCUCCAAAGUGGAGCCCCUGCAGGUCAGAGGUCAACCUCCAACCUCCUCAUUCAGCCCGUUGUCCGGACUCUCCCACUUUCCUCAGCGGUGGAUUUCCAGAAGCAAUUAAAGGCUGCCCCCAUUCAGCCAAUGCAGACUCCCGCUCCAUCGCCGGAUUCGGAAAACCUCCGGGCUCAGACGCAAGUCAGAACCCGCGUGCAAGGCAGGACACGGCGAGACAGCCUUCAAAGCUACAAAAUGGAUGCCAGCCCGCGCGGACAUUGCCUCAUUAUCAACAACGUGGAUUUUGAGCCACAAAGCGAACUGAGUAAUCGCACGGGGUCCAACGUCGACUGCGACCGGUUGGAGAGACGAUUCAAAGCGCUCCACUUUCUUGUGGAAGUGAGGACAAACCUCAAACAACGAAGGAUCAAACACGAGCUGUCUGAUUUAUCGGAGAAGGACCAUUCUCCGUACGACUGCUGCGUGGUCAUCAUUCUGUCUCAUGGGACGGAGGUGAGUCACAACCGUUUCCCCGGUGCCGUUUAUGGAGUGGACGGGCAGUAUGUUCCAGUGCAGUACAUCACAAACUACCUCAACGGGAAACACUGUCCCACCCUGCAGGGGAAACCCAAGCUUUUCUUCAUCCAGGCUUGUGGAGGAGGUGAAAGAGACCGAGGCUUCGAGGUGCCGUCUGACGAGGAGGAACCGCCCAGAGGAGGAGCCGAUGACCAGACGGACGCCAUCCCCGCGUCCUCCAGCAGCGACUCACUGAGCACGUCUGAUGAGCCCGACGCCGGCGCCACGCUGCCCACGCCCAGUGAUAUUCUCGUGUCCUACUCUACUUUUCCGGGCUACGUGUCCUGGAGGGACACUAAGUCAGGCUCCUGGUACAUCGAGACGCUGGACCGCAUCCUCGAGGAAAAUGCUGCCACUGAUGAUUUGGUCACAAUGUUAAUGAUGGUCAAUCUCGAAGUCUCCCAGAACUCUGCAAAAGGCAUCUACAAGCAAAUGCCAGGUUCCUUUAACUUCCUCCGCAAACUGCUUUACUUUCAAACCUCAACACUGGGAGAAAAUUCCGCUAAACAAAAGUAAAUAUGCGCAAAUUUUUACCCCCCCCCCCAAAAAAAUAUAUAAUAACGGUAAUUCCCUGAGAAUUUUUUUUCAUAUUUUGAAAUAAAACAUGAAUAAUUGAACAUGUAUUUUGUGUAUUUCAACGAUAGAUGGCAGUAAUUCCUUGGUUUAUACUAUAAAUUUGUAAAUUAAGUUUGUGAGAUUAUAUAUUUUUUUGCAUCAUUUGUACUGUGCUGUUUAGAUUUGAUAUUUGUUUUUAUUUUUCAGUACUUUUUGUAGACGGUGUAAUUAUUACAGCAUAAAAAUGUGGUUCGGGGUAGUCUUUCGAAACUACUUUCAGUGCGAUGCCAGUAUUUUUAAAAUCACAUCCCCACAAAAACAAGUGCUUUUUAUGUGAACACAGUUUUAUGGUUUAAAACCAAACUGAUGGAGAAUAAUUUUGUUGCUUUUUUUAUUUGGUUUGACAUUUUUCAAAAGAGAAACUGUAAAAUGAUAACUGACUAAUGCUGUUCAUUGAUUGUAAGCACAAAAAGACAUUCAGAUAAUAAAUGUAUGCUUUGUUCACAACCGUGUAAGCUCACUGGUUUACUCUGCAAACAAAAGAACCAGUGCGACAAAGUCAAGGUCAGAUCACAUUUAAGUGUCGCUAAACAA